AUGGUAAGCUAGAGUUUUAAUGACAGCUUUUACUUUUAAUCACUGUUAAACUCUGACUUAUUUUUGGCAGUUUAGGUAAUAUUAAAGCGUCAGAAAAAGUUUUGUUGUCAAUUUACAUAGAGUUACAAUUUAGAAGUCCAACUCGAGCUCAAAUGUCAGAGAAGGUAUGUAUCAAGGUUCGGAUGGCAAGAACUACAUGUUGUACAACUUGGUGGAUAUGCAUGGUGGUGGAGACUUGAUACCAUGGAUGCGAUAUGCUAUUAAAACUGGCGACUACUCUUUAUUGGAUGGUUAUCUCGAAGGAGCGGUAAUGGUGAAGACUUAGCUUUGUAUUACACUAGGUUACUGUUAAGAUUCUGUAGCUUACUGUUGAGGAAUACUGUGGGUAAUAGUAGUCAUAUUGAAGUAGUAGUGGAGCAAAAUAUUUUUAAACUUUCAGGUACGUGACAUGAUGUACAACAAUGGUAAAGGCCGCAUCGAAUCGGUAUCAGAGUUGGUGAAAAGAAGAAAUAAAGAAAGAAAUGAAAGAUUAGGAGCAUUCUCAAGAAAAAAAGGAAAAGGAAAAAGCGGCCCAAACAUACUCGAAAACCUGGAUGCCGAAGUUAAUCAGCAGGAUCUGAAGAAGGGUAACAUACCACAAUAUACCUAAGAAUCUUAAUCUCCUUUAACUUCAGCCUUGAAACUCCUGGACGGUGGGAAGAACGGUAAAGGAGAUGCGAAGUACCGUGAGAUUGCUUGGAAGUACGAAUCUCGAGGUUCGAUGGGAGAAACUAUUGUUGGAUGUUGUCUUAUGCAAGCCAGUCUAGUCCACAAUCUACUUGCUUUAAGACUGAUGACAAUGUAUCCACCUCUUAUCAAUGAUAUUUACAUUUCCGAAGAUUACUAUGGUUUAGCACCGAUUCAUCAGGCCAUAGUCAAUGACGACUCGAAGAUGUUGUACUUCUUGAUCACUCAUGGGGCUGACAUUAAUCAGAGAUGUUAUGGAGCCUUCUUCUGUCCUCACGAUCAGGUCAGCUCGAGGACGGACUCGUUGGAGCAUGAAUAUGUUGAUGUGGAUGUGGAGACUGAUUAUCAGAAGUGAGUUGGUUUUAUUGGGUUGAUGGGUAACAGUAGGAGAUAUAUCAUAUAAUAGAUGACUUAUUUAUUAAAAAGGUAUGGGGCCGGGAAGGGUCGGGCAGGUUAGUUUAUAGUAGAAUAAGUUGAUUUAUGGUAAGGUAGGGUGGGUUAGGUAAGGUAAAGUAAGGCUAGGUAAGGUAGUUCAGGGUAGCAAAGAGUUGAGUAGAGUAGGGCAGGGCAAGACAUGAGGAACGGACCGGCUUGGCUUUGAUCCAAAUUUGAACCGGGCCUGGAAAUCAAGGCUCGUCUCGAAAAGCCCAUAAAAAAUUCGGACCGGGUCUGAGCAAAAUUUGCAUCGGGCAGGACCUAACACUCGGGCCCGGCCGGUUCUUCAUGUCUACAGGGCACGUCAAGACAUAGUAAGGUAGUAUAUCGUAGGGUAGAGUAAAGUAAAUAAGGCUUUAUGGCAAAGGUGUAUGGUUACCUAUAUCGAUAUAUACAUAUAUGCUUUGCUUUCAGUCGGAUGUACUUUGGCGAGUACCCAUUGGCCUUUGCUGCUUGUGUCAAUCAAAUCGAUUGUUUCAAACUCUUACGAGCUAAAAAGGCAGAUCCAAAUCGACAAGACACUAAUGGAAAUACCGUGCUUCAUAUGACUGUUAUUCAUGAAAAUAUAGUAAGAAAAAAAAAAUUUCAAAAAAUAAAAUUUUAAAAAUAAUUUUAAAAUUAAAAAAUUUUUAAACUUUUUUUGAUAUAUUUAAAUUUAAAAAUUUUGAAAUUUUUUUUAAUUUCAAACUCAAAAACUAAAAUUUCAGGACAUGUUCCUCUUGGCCUAUGAAUCAGGAGCCAAGCUUCAAGUCUUGAACAAACAAAACCUCACCCCCUUAACAUUGUCAGCUUUUCUAGCCAAGAAGAUCAUGUUCGAGCAUCUACUCAAGAUAGAGAGUCAAGUUUUGUGGGAAAGAGGUGGCACUUUCUCAAUAUCUUAUCCUCUGGCCAAGAUUGACUCUAUCGAUCCAGAUACAGGUGAUCUGAAUGACAAUUCAGUAUUGUCAUUGGUUGUGUAUGGAGACUCGGAGAAGCAUUUGGACCUGAUUGAUGGUCUACUUGAGGACAUUUUGAAGGCUAAAUGGAAGUCUUUUGGGUUGAAACGGUGGGUUUGUGGUUAUUUUUGUAAAGAUGGACUCUUGAUUGAAAAAGAAGUGUCAUUCCGAUUAAAAAAGAAAUGUCCUUUUGAUAAACAUAUGUUUUACUUUCAGUUGGAUCCGCUCCUUACUUAUCUUUGCGAUUCAUUGGACGUGUUGUAUCGCUGCCUUCUUGACCAGACCAAUCGAAAUGACUACUGUGGUGAUAUCUGGGUUUUCUUUGACGCCAGAAAUGGUACCUUCAAAUGACACUCAGUACAGUCCAGACUACAUUAAAAACAUCCAAUGUCAUCUUUUACAUUAUGGAGCUCAAGGCGAUUUGGGCUAUGUAAGUUGGUUUUAAGGUGUUGUAUCUUAUUGGUACCUUUUUGAACUGCUUUAAAAUUUUCGAUUGAGUAUCUGGGGUUUAUUGGGAAGAUUGUGUAAAAAUUUGACGAAGGAAAUAGUGCAGUGUCUAAAGUUAUGACCAAAUAUUUGAACAGAGGCCGCAUAGAAGAUAUACAGGAUAAUAGAAAGACAUAUAACUAUGUGAAAUAAAAUGAAGGUGCAGUUUUCUACAACGUAUUUUACAAGAAUCCUAAAUUUAUUUUGCUUUAGGCUAGACUGUUCUUUGAAUGUUUGUCAAUAGCUUUUGGGGUUGGUCAGAUUGUCAUUCAGUCUGACAUGAUUCGCCGUGAAGGGUUCACCAAGUGGUGGAAGAUUAUGGUAGGCUUUUAUACAUUUUCAUAAUUUUUGAUUAAUUUUUAUACGUUACUGAGUUGUAACUACUAUUGACAUAUGUUUUUAAGUUGUAAUUUUAAUUAAAAAUGGCAAAAACUUCUUAAAAAACUUAAUUUUAUCAUAGUUUUACAUAUUUUUUAAGCGCUUUUGAGUGUUUUUUGAAUUUUGAUAAAGGUCUUAGUUGUCAUUGUAAAAAAUUUCAUCAAAAAUUGUGGUUUAUUUCAAAAAUUUUCAGACAUUUUUUGUGAUAUAUCGUUACUAUAGGUUGUAUAAAAAGUAAUGAGCUACUGAUUUCUAAAUUAUAAUGGUUAUGAGACAUAGCUUAAUAUUUUUUUAUAUAAACUUUAAUUUUCAUUCUUCAGCGAGCCUUCCCAGCCAAGAUAAUGUACUUUAUAUCAGUCAUCCUCAAUGUCCUAUUAGUACCAUUGCGUUUCCUCUGCUUUGCAAAUGAAAUAUUCUUGACAGCAGACAAUGUUAUCAGUAUCAUAUGUAUUGUUCUCUGCACAGUGCACUUCUUGUACUAUUGUCGUGCUAUCAAGUUCAUUGGACCGUUUGUGUUGAUGAUAUACACCAUUAUAAUGAGAGAUCUGAUACGGUUUUUUAUUAUUUAUGCUGUGUUCCUUAUGGGCUUUUCACAAGCGUUUUACAUUGUGUUUUUGGCAGGGGAAAGGAUCUACAAUCAACAGUAUGAGGAGGCAUUGAAGGAGUGGAAUGCCAACAAUGUUUUUGCCAGUAAGUUGUGGUUGGUAAGGUAUUGUUAUAGUAUAAUAAUUAUAGUAGAUAAGAUGUUGUUAUAGAAUGGCAUAGUAAAACACUUAAAAAAGCAUUGUUUUGUCAGUUUAGAAAUUACUUAUUUGGUAUGUUAAAACAAGUAAAAGGCAGAAAAGUCAACUGUACUUUAAGUUAGGCAUACAUCUUUAUUUUUGCACUGUGCAAACUCCUGUGAGCCUAAUUUUUCGAAAUUUUUUAAAAGUUUUAUAAAAGCAAAACCAUACGUUAUUAAGAGCUUAAAAAUUUGUAUUUAUUCUAAAAUUUUUACAUUGUUAUCUUCACUCAUGGCAAAGUUAUCAUGAUUUAAUAAUAUCGAAAAUCCAAAAAAGUUCGAAUCCGCUUGGAUGACUAUGUCUUUUUCGCAAUUUUUUGAACUUUAAAGUGAGGCGGGCGAACUAAAACGGUCAAAAAUUAUGUAGAAGUGUCUUUUAUUUAAAAAUGAGUUUUAUUUUUUUCAUUGUCUAUGUAAUUUUUGACCAAAUAUGUAAAAGAAAUGCAUAUUUUUUUAGGAAAAACCAAAUUUUUAUUUGUUUUUGACAAUUUUAAGUAAUUCCAACGUUGUCAUAAAUUAUGACAUGACUCAAAAACUCUAGGAUAUGCAUAAUAUUUCCUUAAAAAUAUUUUAUAACUUCUUUCCAGACGGCUCCGAAGACGACGCUCCAGUAAAACACGAAAAUAUAAUGUCGAAUCCCAUCGAAUCUUUGUUAAGAUUGUUCAUAGCAACAAUCGGAGAGUUUACUACAUUUUACCGUGAACUAAAUGCAAUUCCGGAGAGAGCUUUGGCUGUGCUUGGAAAGAUAUUAUUCAUGAUAUUCGAAAUGGUGGUCAGUCUGAUGCAGUUCAACUUGUUGAUCGCUAUGAUGAGCAGAACUUAUGAACUGAUCUUUCGGACUCAAAAGGAGUAUAAGCGACAGGUAAGGGGGGAGCAGAUGAGGGUAAGGUACGGUAGAGUAGGAUAAGGUACGGUAGAGUAAGGUAGGGUAGGGUAGGGCAGAGUAGGGCAGGGUACGGUAGAGUAGGGUAAGGUACGAUAGAGUAGGGUAAGGUACGGUAGAGUAGGGUAGGAUAGGGUAGGGUAGGACAGAGUAGGGUAAGGUAGGGUAGAGUAGGGUAGUGUACGGUAGAGUAGGGUAAGGUAGGGUAGAGUAGGGUAGGAUAGGGUAGGGUAGGAAUGUAUGCUAAACCUAAUUUCAGUGGGCCCAAGUAAUCCUCCUAUUAGAAAUGUCAUUGCCAGCUAAAGAACGUCAAGACCAUCUCCUUCGCUAUUCACGGCCGAUCGGAACGGACAAACGAAAGCGUGCCUUCGUAGUGAUAAGAAAAGCCCAGGUUUUAACCGAAAGUGAAAGAAUUUUGAAAAUGAAAGAAGAAGAAACAAAAAGAUUGGAGAAACAACAGGUUCUGAAGAGACGACUGAGAGGACUAAUGGAACAAACUGGUACCACACCCAUGCCUAUGGAGACGGGCAUACCUACUGGUGGGACGAGAAGAAGGUCGAGGAGGAAGACUGAGAUUGAUGGAGGGAGUAGAUUGAUGUAA